AUGUUGAAUCCCCAAACUUUAGAUAUUCCAGCUGUGAUUUUUGACAAUGGAUCAGGGCUAUGUAAAGCUGGUCUGUCAGGAGAAAUUGGUCCAAGACACAUCAUUCCUACAGUUAUUGGCUGCCCCAAAACAAAAAUGUCACUGUUAGGAGCAGCUCAGAAGGACUGCCAUGUGGGAGGAGAAGCCCAGCACAAACAAGAUGUGUUGUCUUUGAAGUAUCCCAUUGAACAUGGUAUAGUUACAUCUUGCGAUGAUAUGGAGAAGAUCUGGAAGCAUAUCUAUGAGCAUGAAUUGGGACUGAAAGCAUUUGAGAGGCCCGUGCUAAUGACUGAGACCUCUUUGAACCCAAUGGAGAAUCGAAAAAAACUGACUCAGCUGAUGUUUGAACAGUUUAAGGUGCCUGCUUUCUACCUGUCUGUCCAAGCCAUAUUGUCCCUCUAUGCCUCAGCACGCAUCACAGGACUGGUCAUAGACAGUGGAUUUGGUGUUACCCAGACGGUACCAGUCUAUGAAGGGUAUUACUUACCCCAUGCCGUCUCCAGGCUGGAUGUUGCAGGCAGAGAUAUCACAGAGUUCCUCAGGAAGCUCCUUGUGGAAAGUGGGCAACGCUUUGAGAGCCUUGCUGGGAAGAAGAGUAUCAUAGAGGACAUCAAGGAAAAGUUGUGCUAUGUGGCUCCAGAUCCACACAGAGAAUUAGCCAAGAGGCCAGAGGAGGUCCUGAAAGAAUAUAAACUACCUGAUGGGACUCUAGUCAGUAUUGGCAGUCCACUCUUUCAAGCACCAGAGAUCCUCUUUGCGCCAGGUAGCACUGGUAGCAGUGCACCAGGCCUUCAUAGGAUGAUCGCUCACAGUGUUUCAAAGUGUGACGUCAAUAUUCACAACACGCUCUAUGGGAACAUGGUGCUGUCGGGUGGUUCGUCCCUCUUUCAUGGGCUGGAUGAGAGGAUUUUUAAGGGACUAGAACAUCAGGCCAAAGGGAUUCCUAUAAAGAUCAUAGCACCCACAGACAGGUGGUUUUCUGCAUGGAUCGGGGCUUCUGUAAUUACUUCCUUGACCAGCUUCAGGCAAAUGUGGAUCACUGCAGCUGAUUACAAGGAUUUUGGACCAAACAUUGUCCAAAGAAGAUGUUUUUAA